UUCUCCAAAAGCAAUCAUCAACCAAUUAAACCUGAGACAAUAAAAACAAAGUCAAGAAAAUGAGAGCGUCAAGAAGCCUAUUAUGGAAACUAUCUAUCAUUGUUUUGUUAGCAGUCUUUUCUCAACCAUCCUUCUCAGGUGAUACUGGUUCAUCGGAUGAAACGGAGACGGGGAACGGACACGAAGCCGCCGAGAUGCAACCACAGGGAGCAGGAAACCGUAAGGGUAGAGGUGGUCGUGGCGCCAUCGCCCAAGUUGCUGAGAUGAAUUGGCCCGGCAAAUGGGAGUUAUUCCUGAAGAGCUCUGGCGUAUCGGCAAUGCACGCUAUUCUUCUGCCAUUGAUCAACAAAGUACAGUUUUACGACGCAACCAUUUGGAGAAUUUCACAAAUCAAGCUCCCUCCAGGCGUACCUUGUCACGUUUUUGACCACGUACAUAACAAAGUUGAUUGUUGGGCUCACUCUGUCCUAAUUGAUAUCGAAUCCGGACACAUCAGGCCUCUAUCGCUUACAACGGACACAUGGUGUUCGUCAGGAGGUCUAACCAUAAACGGGACAUUGGUAAGCACUGGAGGAUUCCAAGGAGGAGCAAACACAGCCAGAUACCUUUCUUCAUGCGAUAACUGCAACUGGGUGGAGUAUCCAAAGGCAUUAGCUGCACAGCGAUGGUACUCAACACAAGCCACUCUCCCUGAUGGCACUUUUAUCGUUGUUGGAGGCCGACAAGCUCUCAACUACGAGUACAUCCUCCCGGAAGGAAUGGACAACAAGAAACUCUACGACUCGCAUCUUCUUAAAGAAACAACUGACCGAGAAGAAAACAAUCUAUACCCAUUCGUUUGGCUCAACACUGAUGGUAACCUCUUCAUGUUCGCCAACAACCGUUCCAUCCUUCUUAGCCCGAAAACGAAUAAAGUCAUCAAAGAGUUCCCUCAGCUCCCUGGCGGUGCCCGUAACUACCCUGGCUCCGCCUCCUCGGCUCUUCUACCCAUCCGCCUCUACGUCAAGAACCCUCCUGUCAUCCCUGCUGACGUCCUUAUCUGUGGUGGCGCCAGACAAGAUGGAUACUUCCGUGCUGACAGGUUGAAGCUUUUCGAUGCGGCCUUGAAUGAUUGUGCAAGGAUAAGCCUCAACAGUAAAAGGCCUGCAUGGAAAAUAGAGAAGAUGCCAGCGCCGCGGGUCAUGAGCGACACGGUGGUCCUCCCCAAUGGCGAAGUUCUCAUCAUUAACGGCGCGAAACAUGGAACAUCUGGAUGGGGCUUAGCCAAAGACCCAAACUUCACACCACUCUUGUACACUCCAAACAAACCAAUAGGCAAACGUUUUAAAGAGCUCGCUGCUUCCGCUAUCCCCCGCAUGUAUCAUUCCAUCGCUAUCGCUCUUCCUGAUGGUAAAGUUCUUAUCGGUGGUAGCAACACCAACGAUGGUUACAGGUACGACGUUGAGUACCCGACCGAGCUCCGCAUUGAGAAAUUCUCACCACCUUACCUUGACCCGGCUCUUGCCAAUAUGAGACCAAAGAUUGUGAACACCGAUACACCGAAACAGAUCAAGUACGGACAAACAUUUAACGUGAAGAUCGAGCUUAAACAAGCGAACGUGGCAAAGGAGAAUGUCAUGGUUACAAUGUUGGCACCACCGUUUACUACACAUGCUGUAUCGAUGAACAUGAGGUUGCUCUUGUUGGGUAUCUCUGAUGUCAAGAAGGAGCAUGGUGACGUUCAUCAGAUUCAGGCUGUUGCUCCUCCCAGUGGAAAUGUUGCUCCUCCUGGUUAUUAUCUUCUCUAUGCUGUCUACAAUGGUGUACCAAGCGUUGGAGAAUGGAUUCAGAUCGUGUGAGUUUAAUUACCAAGUACAAAUAAUGAUGUACGAUGUACAUAUUUUUGAAUUUAGCCAUUUGUUGCACCCAUACCAAUUUUUGUAAAAUAAAACAUUUUUUUUCUAUUAACAUAAAUAUUUUAUUUUGA